GGCUGCUAUCAGCUUGGCCUGCCUCCCCAUCCACCUAGGUACACGCUUCUAUAAUAUUCGUGCUUCUCUCUUCUCAAAGAAAUCCAUUCCUUACUCCUCCUCACUCAUGCCUUCAGCUAGGUGGGUGUGUUCUUGGUGCGCUACAUACCUACCUACUUGUUCUCUUGAACCAUCAGUCCAUUUCCUCACCGCCCCCCACACACUAAGCAAUGGACCAUGAUACCAAAGAAAAGCUCGGUACCCGUUCGCCUAGCGACGAAGAGCACCCGCCUCCCUCGCCGCCGGGAGCGCAUGUGGACGGCACCGACGACCGGGAGAACCAGCUCAGUCUCCGCGAUGAGCCGCAGAACCGGACCCAGCUCUCGGCCUUCAAGGCGCUGGGCUGGCUCGACCGCCUGCUCGCCCUGUGGAUAUUCCUCGCCAUGGUCGUCGGCAUCCUCCUGGGCAACUUCGUGCCCGGGACCGGGCCGGCGCUGCAGAAGGGGAAGUUCGUCGGCGUCUCCGUCCCGAUCGCCGUCGGCCUGCUCGUCAUGAUGUACCCCAUCCUGUGCAAGGUGCGGUACGAGUCGCUGCACGAGCUCCUCUCCCACCGCGCCAUGUGGAAGCAGAUCUGCUUCAGCCUGUUCAUGAACUGGAUUGUCGCCCCGUUCCUCAUGCUGGGCCUCGCCUGGGCCUUCCUCUCCGAUAAGAGCGAGCUCCGCGCAGGCCUAAUUCUCGUCGGUCUCGGUAGAUGCGUUGCCAUGGUCCUUAUCUGGAACGCGCUCGCCGGCGGCGACAACGAGUACUGCGCCAUCCUCGUGGCUGUUAACUCGCUGCUUCAGAUGGUGCUAUUCGCGCCGCUCGCUGUCUUCUUCAUCCGGGUGAUCAGCCGGCAGUCGGGCGCGCUGGACGUCUCGUACGAGGUGGUCGCCACCAGCGUGGCCGUCUUCCUCGGCAUCCCGCUCGGCGCCGCCGUGCUCACGCGCUUCGGGCUCCGCGCCGCGGCCGGGCCGGCCUGGUACGAGCGCGUGUUCCUCCGCGCCGUCUCGCCCUGGUCCCUGAUCGGCCUGCUCUACACCAUCCUCGUGCUCUUCGCCCUCCAGGGCCGCCAGGUCGUCCACCAGAUCGUGUCCGUCGUCCGCGUCGCCGCGCCCAUGGUCGUCUACUUCGUGCUCAUCUUCUUCGUCACCCUCGCCCUCUCCCGCUCCCUCGGCCUGCGCUACGCCCUCGCCGCCACCCAGAGCUUCACCGCCGCCAGCAACAACUUCGAGCUCGCCAUCGCCGUCGCCGUCGCCACCUUCGGCCCCGAGAGCGACCAGGCCUUGGCCGCGACGGUAGGGCCGCUGAUAGAAGUACCCAUCCUGCUGGGCUUGGUAUACGUGGUGCGGUGGAUGGCGAAUCGAUGGAGUUGGAAAUGAGGGUCCAUGCCAGAACGUUAGCACCGUAAAAGUGAAGCGAGGCAGAAUAUUCCUAGCAUCUGCUAUGAGGAUCACGGGUUUGGAGUUACUUCUACAUGUUGAAAUCGCAUGCACAUGUUCGAUACCGGGAAUUCAAGGCCCUUCA